AUGAAACUCCACGGGGUAGGACAGUUAUGUCUCCUGGCGAUGGCAUCGCGCAGUCACGCUAUCCAGCAGUUUCGACAUGAUAAGACAUUCCAGCCCGAUCACAUUCCACGAGUCAGUGAGGAAACCAUGUCAAUUGCUUGCACGAGCAAGCUAGUCGCCGUCAUCAAUGGCACGACUCCUGGACCGGCGAUCCAUCUGGCCGAAAACAAGACUUCUUGGGUUAGAUUCUACAAUGACUUCGCGUCGGAUAACUUAACAAUGAAAGCCUUCUCGAAGCCAAACCCCUCAUCUAACGAGACAUGCACGCCCGAGGUCAUCAAAGUAAAGCCAAACCAGAGCUACCGGAUGCGCACGAUUGGAGAUGUCGCACUCAGCCCUCUAGUAUUUGCCGUGGAAGACCAUGAUAAUCUCACGGUCAUUGCUGUCGAUAGUCGCUAUACUAAGCCAGCUGAGACUAACAUAAUGCAAGUCGGCUCUGGACAGAGAUACGAUUUCAUCCUGAAUACCAAGACGGAAGAUGAGCUUCAGCAACUUGGAAAAUCGCUCUUUUGGAUCCAAUUGGAGACCCGGUACCAACAUCUUUUACGCUCUCCUUGA